GCCCGCUUAUCAGUCCCGCACAGCUUAUCGGCGAGCGUCUGCCCCAUUUCAAGACUGUGGGGCAGGGCACAAUUGUCGGCGACUUGCAAUAGCAGUCGUAGCUGGCACUUUGCGUCGUAUCAACACGCCUUCAACUUGAUCUCCAGUCUCCGUCUCCAGUGCGUUCCAACUCGCGUGAUAUUCCAGCGUACUCUUGUAUGCUCUACAAAUCGCCGGCAAACUCGAUGCAUUAACUAUGGUCCUAUCAGCUGAGGAGAAUCUAAAACAAAUAAAGAUUACGACGCCGGUGCAUGGAGUCGUCAAACUGUGAUAUACCUUUGUGAAAUUCUUUCUAUAUAUAUAUACUAUAUACACAUAUAUUGCAUACUUCUGAGACAAUGGCGCGAAUAAACAAACGCCUGCUGCCCAUUAAGGCGCAUUUCUUCUUCUUUAUGGCGGCAAUGGGUCCCAUAUUGCCGCAACUCCCAGUGAUAGGCAAACAGAUUGGCAUUCCACCAGAUAUUAUGGGCUAUAUAUAUGCCGUAUUGCCCGUUCUCUAUGUGCUUGCCAAGCCCCUCGUUGGCUUUCUGGCCGACUAUUUUAUGAACCUGCGCAAGCUCAUCUUUAUGGCAUUGAUUGCGAUUAUGACAUUGGCUUAUGCUGGCUUCUAUUAUCUGCCCAAUGAACCACAUGCCAUUGAUCUGAACGAGACCAGCGUACAGUGGACAGUUACAUUGACACAGGAGCCGCUACACUGUCCGCCAGAGGUUUCUGCAUCUGAUGCCUAUUGCCAGGCAACACGCCAGGCGCAGUGCAGCCAGGGGAACAACACCUUCCAGACGUUGAUUGUGGCACCUCAGUCUAGGGCAGACCUCAGCCUAGGCUCCAAUCUGCAACAUGGGAACGACAGCUACUUUAUCUGUCUGACUGAACUGACACCGGCCAUCUAUUGGAGUAACACCAGCUUCGACUGUCAAGUGGAGUACAUCGCCAGUUGUAUUUACGGCAGCGGCAUGUUUUGGCUCUUUGUCUGCUUGCUGUUUGUCGGCACGAUUGGCUUUAAUGUGACCAAUUCCAUAUCGGAUGCCUGUUGCUUCGAUUUGCUGGGCGAGGAGGAGCAGAGCAAAUAUGGUGCACAGCGCGUUUGGGGCACCAUUGGAUUUGGCGCCACCGCGCUGCUAGCUGGAGUUGUGGUUAAUCUGUGGACCUCGGAUGCUAUCAAGAGCUUUACGCCAGCUUUGAUUAUAAUGGGUGUGUUUAGUGUGCUGGAUUUGUUAAGCGUGUCCAAGCUGAAGUUGCCCAAACUGGGCGGCUCCGAGUCCAUAUGGAAGGAUGUAUGGGAGCUGGUGCGUCAGCCACCGAUUGUCACAUUUCUGUUUUUCGCCACCAUGGCCGGCAUUAUUGACUCCUUCAUCAUUUACUUUAUGUUCUGGCAUUUGGAAGAGGUAGCUGCUGAGACGGGCUACAUGGCGGACAUUAAGCUUAUCGAAGGGCUGGUGGUGGCUGCCGAGUGUCUGGCCGGUGAGGUGCCAUUCUUUUUCUAUAGCGGUAAGAUUAUCAAGAAACUUGGAUAUGUGCACUGCAUGAGCAUGUGCUUCUUCUUUUAUGCGGUACGCUUAUCGCUCAUAUCCUGGAUACCAAAUCCCUGGUAUCUAGUGGGCGUGGAGCUGUUCUUCCAGGGCGUUACCUAUGCCCUCUGCUACACUUGCAUUGUUGCCUAUGCUUCGGCAGUGGCACCACCCGGCACCUCAGCCACUGUACAGGGUCUCAUGGCGGGCAUGGACGAUGGGUUGGGCUUCUCCAUUGGCUCGCUCAUUGGGGGUAUUAUGCUAAAGCGUCUGGGUGGACGUGAAAGCUUUAAGUAUUUUGCCAUAGCUGCGAUUUGCACCUGCGUGGCGCACAUUGUGAUGCGCCCGUUGUCCAGAAAACGCCAAUAUUUGCCCAAAAGCGGAUAUCAAGUGCCCGCGGGCCAGGCGGAAAACGAACUGAAGCCGAUGAAUACCCAUGAGCUGCCAAACGUAUAUUAGUUCUAGUUCCCUUUUGUACUGUUGCACACGUUUUUAUAUCAUUUUCUAACGCAUAUCCAAUUAAAAACUUGUUUCCAAGUUGAAUGACA